CAGCAGAGAAAUCUGGCGCGAGAGCUUCCAGGACUUUCCUGUGUGAGCUCCCUGUACCGAGGCGACGCGUGACCGCUUCGGCGCCGGAGCGUGACGUUGUUCAGGGGUGCCGGAGGUGCUCGGAAGAAAGGAGAACCUCCGGAGACGGGGUUAUUUCUUUUCUUUUUUGGACGGGUGUUCAACGAAGGGUUUCUUAUCUUUAAACCAGAUUUAAAUAGAGGACUGUUCUCUGACAGCUCUUCAGAUAGAGGAGUCGUGAUCAUUCUGUUCUCCUGCACAUCUGUUAUUGAAAGUACAGAUUGUUUCUGUACAUACUCAGUUUGUAUGAAGAAAUGACUACUCAAUACAGUAUUCUCUUCAAGCAAGAACAGGCACAUGACGAUGCCAUCUGGUCGGUUGCCUGGGGAAAAAAUAGAAAUGACGGCUCGGAGACAGUGAUCUCAGGGUCUUUAGAUGACAUGGUGAAAGUCUGGAAAUGGAAUGAGGAAAAGCUGGAUCUCAAGUGGACAUUAGAAGGUCAUCAGCUGGGUGUGGUAUCAGUGGAUAUUAGUCACACUGGUACCAUUGCAGCAUCCAGUUCUUUAGAUGCUCACAUCCGUAUCUGGGACUUAGACACAGGCAAACAGAUCAAGUCAAUAGAUGCUGGACCUGUUGAUGCUUGGUCACUGGCUUUUUCGCCGGACUCCCAAUAUGUCGCAACGGGGAGCCACAUAGGAAAAGUUAACAUUUUUGGUGUUGAGACUGGGAAAAAGGAAUAUUCCUUGGACACUAGAGGCAAAUUCAUCUUGAGUAUUGCAUACAGCCCAGAUGGAAAAUAUCUUGCCAGUGGAGCUAUAGAUGGUAUCAUCAACAUCUUUGAUAUUGCAACUGGGAAACUUCUCCACACGUUGGAAGGGCAUGCUAUGCCUAUCCGUUCCUUGACAUUUUCUCCAGACUCCCAAUUACUCGUCACGGCUUCAGAUGAUGGCUACAUCAAGAUUUAUGAUGUACAGCAUGCAAACUUGGCAGGCACUCUGAGUGGCCAUGCAUCUUGGGUGUUAAAUGUAGCAUUUUGUCCUGAUGACACCCAUUUUGUUUCCAGUUCAUCUGACAAAACUGUGAAAGUCUGGGAUGUGCCUUCAAGGACUUGUGCUCAUACUUUCUUUGAUCAUCAAGAUCAGGUAUGGGGAGUGCAGUACAAUGGAAAUGGUUCAAAAAUUGUCUCAGUUGGCGAUGACCAAGAAAUCCAUAUUUAUGACUGCCCAAUUUAAAAUGUGUAGAUUUCUUUUGGAGGUUGUGUGUGGAGCUUAUUAACAAGUGUCUAUAUCUUGAGUGUGCCAAGGAAACCUUUAGUUUUUGGCAAAGGCAAAUCAUCAAAAUAGAUCCAACUUUGUAUGAAUUUUGCUAUUUAUGUUUAUAAAUGUAUUUUAAAAAGAAUGACAAAUUGCUAAUUCGAUACUGCAAUUUCAUUCCCCCUAUUAGAAAUCACUAUGGAUGGCAAAUAGGUGCGACCACAAUGAAGAAAAAGGUGCAUCCAAAUGCUCAGGGUUGAGAGUCCUGUGAUUUGCAAAUAAGUAUAUGUAACAUACAAAAAUUACCUUCUACCAGGGGCAACAAAAUACAAAAAUCAAGAAAACUGAAGAUGCAUUAAAGUUCUUAGCAGUUUCUCA